AUGGCCGAAUUUAUCAUAGGCAAGAAAGAACGAAGAAAAAGCCUGAGCGUGUUUAGCCCAUCCUCCUCCGCAUCGGCCCAGGCUCUUCGGCCCGCUCUUCAUGCCCGCACUCCAUCCGAUGAUACCCUCACACGUGAGAAGAAAGCCCGCCGCAAUUCAGGUUUCUUUGGCCGGUCCCAAAGUCCCAGCAGAUGGUCGGGCGGAGGCAAUGUCCUCCGUCGACCGGGCACGGCGGGUUCGGACACAGCUGCCUGGUCCGCAGCCAUGUCCGCGCCGACGCCGACCCUCGAGGUUCCUCGCCCGCGGCGAAAGUCAUUGCAGAAGAAGCGUGCCUCUGUAUUUGGCUCACUGAGGUCGCUGCACUCCUGUGAAGACGACGAUCCCCUCAGCGCCUCCGUUGCCUCGACCGGAGAUGAACCGCACAGCGCAAUCAGUCCUCGAAAUGGGAUCUGGUCGUCUGCAAUCCUCCACCACGGUGAAGUCCAGACGAUGGGCGGCAUGUGGAAGCGGAAAAGCCAGUACCUGGUCCUGACCGACACGCACCUAGUUCGGUUCAAGAACCAGGCCAAGGCGGCCGACGCCUUCCCUUCAAUUCCGCAUUCUUAUAAUGCCCGGGCCCCGGCGUCGCACCGCCAAUCUGUGGCCUCGAUCAGUUCGCUGCAGGACAUGCAGCUGAUGGUUUCCACCGACGCGUCGGCAGGCAUUCCGCUGAACAGUAUUAUCGCCGUUUACAUGCUGGAGGAUGCACGACUAUCCCCUACCGUCGAGGUGGCUUAUCUUGAUGAACGCACCCAUAAAGCGGCAUUGGUCCAGAUGCAGACCGCUGAUCCCCAAGAGUUGAAUCUAUGGAUGGUUGGCAUCCGCCAAGCGGCGCAGGUAACGCGGUCAAACGAACCCCUCCCGUUCGAUCGGGGCUCGGUCGAGUAUGUGACCAGGAUGAUGGAACACGAGCGAGAUUACGAUCCGGACGCCUUCCGGAUGUUCCGCGUCAUACAGAUUGCUUCCAGCAAGUCUCCCACUCGUUCGUCCUCGGACGAUCUUACAAAGUUGUCGCCGACCGGUUGUUAUCUGGCAGUCGGUUUACAUAAGGUCCAUCUAGUACCCAUGCAGAAGGCAGCAAAUCGGUCGUCAGUGGUGUCCUUGUCCGAUCUGGAGACAGGUGCUUCGUUUGGUCUCAUGAAUUUAACCGGGCUAUCCAUGGAGUACGGCGAUGAUAGUCUCCACUUGACUUUCCGGGUCCCACUGCGGAAAUCGUUCAACGUGUUCCUGGCCUCCGUCCAUUCGGUGGAGAUCGCUUGUUGGAUUCGAGAACACACCGAGUUCCUGCGCCCGUUGUGGACAAGGCAGCCGUACGACUUUGUUGUUCCGCGUGAACUGCACAACGACGAGAACUUCCCGCCUGUCGCCCUAGACGAAGACUAUGGCUGCUUUGACCGAACAUUGGUUGCUUAUUCUGCUAGCUAUGAUGUCGAUACAUCCAACAUUCGGUACACAAUUGACUUGGAGUGCGAAGAUGCCCCGUGCUUCCGCCUCCUCCGGCCGGCUUCCCUGACGAACUCACGAUACAGCGCGCUGGAAUUGAUCGCGGUUAUGCGCGCGCUUCGAUAUAAUGAGUCAUUCCAGUCAAUAUCCUUCCGCGGCAUCAAUCUAGACGCUCUGCAGGGGCUGCGCGAUGCCCACGGGGUGGAUGCCAAUGUACACCUCGACAGAUCAGGAUGCCUUGUACAGAUCCCAGGCCAAGCAAAUUUGACUGUACUGUCGCAGGAAGUGCGCGCGUUGGCAUUGAAGAGUAAACGUCUGCGCCGACUCGACUUUGCAUACUGCCUCACCCGAACCCCGACUCUGGACAAGGGUAGUCGGGAUCCUGGCUGCGGAAUCCCAGAGGCCAUUUUCCCCGCCUGUCGUCGGGAACUGACCAGCGUGGACUGGGUCGUGCUAAAUGGUAUCAAGCUUGGUGAGUCGGAUCUGGACUACCUGGUGGAUGCGGCGUCGCAGAAGCGGAGCCAUUUGCGAGCUCUCGAGGUGGGUGACUGUGGCUUGUCGGUGCAUGAUCUGGACCUUUUGCUGUCUACACUGGUUGCUCAAGAGAAUACGCUUGAGGUCAUCAAUAUCUCGGGAGUGCAGGGUCGUUUGAACCCAGAUGUCCUCCAGCAGUACAUUGGAUACUUCGGACAAAUUCGCAAGAUCAAUCUCUCUCGCAUUUCGCGCACAUCGGGCCCCGACCCAUUGAUUACGGCCGAAAUGUUAUUUAAUUGGCAGCUUGAGGAAUUGGUUCUCAGCCGGACGGCUGUCAAUCGCGAAACUGUGGACUCGAUUGCCACAUACCUGGCUAGCGACCGCUCACGCAACCUCCGCAUGCUUCGCCUUGACCAGUGUGGCCUGAGCGGAGAAGAUGUGGCUAUGUUCAUGCACUCCAUGUCUACCGACCCAGACUCUCCACGCAGCCUUCACUUACAUGUCAGUGAGAACCGCCUGGAUGAUGGCUGUUCGUUCCUUUUCGAUGCCAUUGGCAAGAAUAUGACCCCCUCGCAUCUAUCUAUGCAGAUGAUCGAUUUUAAGAAAGAAGAGCAUUUUCGGUUACUGGUUGAUUCGCUUCACAAGAACCGCACACUACGGUACCUAGAUAUCUCAAAGGCCUCCCUCCCUUAUGAUGCAGGCCCUGAGACCUGCCGAUUGUUGCAGUUGAUGUUCGAGGAGAAUGAUACGCUAGAAGCUCUUGACAUCAGCGGGGAGAGCGCGCAUCUCGAUGUUGCCCGGUUCGGAAUCGGUCUCAAUCUGGCACUAACUGGCCUGAAGAAGAACACAUCUCUCAAGGUGCUUCGAAUCGAGCACCAGAAGCUCGGUCUCCAAGGUGCGAAUACGCUUGCCUCGGUUUUGGAGGAGAAUACGUCCCUCUGUGAAGUGCACUGCGAAAACAAUGAUAUCAACCUGCAAUCCUUCACCGUUUUGGUGAACGGAUUGCAGUGCAAUCGCACUCUCCUCAGCCUUUCUUGCAUGGAUCGAGACAGGGUUCUCUCACUUGACAAGGUCCGUCGGGAGGUUGACAAUGUUCGCUGGGACGCUAGUAACGUCCAACCCUCGACGGCAAGCUCUAUCCGCCGCUCCCUGCAUGCGGCUAUGGGUGUCCGUUCUAGUACUGCCAGCCAUCGACUCAGCAAGCGCCCACCGGCGCACACAGUGUCCUCGCCUUUGGAGGCGGCAACGGCAACCACUUUUGCCCGCCAGAACGUAGACUUGGUUUUGCAGUCAUUGCAGCACAAGUGGGACAUAGAAGUGGCCCGUCUACGCCGUUACCUUCUCCGCAACUACAAUCUUGCUCAUGGCAUCGCGGAUGAAGCAGACGACGCCGCUAGUGACGGCCGACCCGCGACCGCCGCGAGCCUGGGCACAAUGCUCGAAACCAUCAAGUUCGAGGUCGCCGUAUCUACAGAUGAAAUCCAUGGCUCUCCACCAGAUGACACCGCAUCACCCAUUCACCUCACCAGAGUCAACACACGCGAUAGCCAACCAGUAGAACUCAAGGUUCAACCCAAGGCGAGCCGGAUGAAGAGUGUGCCGGAUCUGCGACCCCAAACCGCCCGCGCACCGCAGAUCCUUCCGCCAGAGUAUGGCCCGUCGAGCCCGUCCUCAGCCCGCCUGGCCCUACCCGUCCCGGCCGUGCCAUCGGCAGUGACCAAGGCGAGUAGUGUUCGCAGCGCCCGCAGCUCUAGUACCGUCUCGACCGGAACCGGUAGCGCCCGCAGUACUUAUGGCAUGGCUUCAUCCACCCUGCGAGGCUUUUUGACGGGCAGUGCUUUGAAGGAGAAGCGGCGUGUGGACUCGAUGCGCCCUGUGUGCGUGUCAAACUCAACCGACAAGCCUCCACAACUAGACUGGGCGCCGCCGACACUGGACCUGCAAGAGCUGCAAUAG